UUCUCGCGGAGGCAUCGUUCAGCCGUCAGAGCGGCAGGAGAGGGCUGUCCUGCCGAGUCUCUAUGUCCAAACAAGCAUGUCGCUUUUUCGUUUGCAGGGACUCCUACUACCCAAACACAGGAGAAUGCGAGGUUACCAAUGAUUUUUAGUGACCAGCAUACAGAAGUGUGUUGAAGCCGAGGGAAAUGCGUCGUUGGAUUUGGUGCCCGCUCCUCCUCCUGCUGCUGCUGCUGCUGCUGCUUCUCCUGGGUUGUGAAGUUCAAGCUCAAGAGGAAAACCGGGUGGUUUUCCUUCCGGGAACGUUCCAGAACGUGAGCCUCUCCCAGAAUGAGACGGUGCAGGCAGUGGUGUCCAGGAUCCCCGCGGAGGUCGCCUUCAUUACUCUGCAGUUCCACACGCAGCACCGCAAUGCCACUCUCUCCUACACCAGGAUGCCAGGCCUGGGUCUCUCUCUGACAGCAGUGGACUCGGGCAUCCUGUCGGCUCUCCAGCCGGGCCAAGCGUCCCUCUCCUUGUUCCUGUCUUCUCCUGAUGGUGACAAUGUGUCGGGCACCGGGGUCAUCCUGCCGUUCUCCAGCAUCGAUCCGGUCCCUGGAGCUUGUAACAUGGAGUCCAACCUGGACAUUGACCCAAACGUCUAUAUCCACUACAACCUCUACGAGACCACGAUCAGUUUUGGACCAGCAAACUUAGGAUAUGAGAGGGGAGAAGCUCCACCAGCCUGCGACAAAUCAACAGACACCAACACGCGUUGGCGGCUGCAGUACGACAUCUAUCAGUACUUCCUGCCUGAGAAUGACCUAUCGGAGCGCAGCCUGUUCAGUGGCAUUCAGGCUGUGGCCGACAUUCGGGGCAUGAUGGAGAAUGGCAAACGGGUCAUGACACUGUCAUCUUCAGAGAAGACCAUGGCAAUGUUCAACUCAAUCCCCGGUCAGGGCGUCAUCUACUCAGUCAUCGUCAGAGACCCGGUGUUGAACACCUCUGCCUCCUACGUCCCCGUCCACACCUACGCCUGCAGCUUUGCUUCCACUUUGGACGGCUGUCAAACCCUCGGAAAAGUAUCUACAAAGGUUUUCUUCACCAUUGCUGGCUUGGCAGGCCUGUUCGUCUGCUUCUUUGGGCAUCGGUUCUUCAAAUGUGAGAUGUUUUGCAUGGGAUUUAGCUUUGCAGCGUUUUUCUUCUUCGUGCUGAUGAAAAGGACGACAGACCUGGACUAUGACAUCUGUCUGGCGGUGUCAGCAGUGAUCGGCGUGGUGGGCGGGGUCCUCCUGGUGAUGAGCUGGUGGCGUUUCGGCUCAGUCAUGGCCUGCAUUGUCGUGGUUGGAUUGAUGCUUGGCUUCCUUGUCGCCUCCACCGUCCUCUUCACUCCUCUCGGUGACCUUGAUGUGUUCAGUCGCUCAGAUGUGGUUUUCUGGGUGACGUUCUGCUGCAUCAUGCUCAUGGUUCCGCUCAUCUUUGUGCGUUGGCCCAGAGAGGGAAACAUCGUCACAUGUGGCGUCGUCGGGGCUUAUGCUGUAGUUCUGGCUGUCAACGCCUACAUUUACACCAGCCUGUCCUUCAUCACACUGAACAUCCUCAAACGCUUCCUCAACAACAACUACAGUGCAGUGUUCACUGACGUGCCCUUCCAAACCAUUGACUACGCCAUGAUCACGGUGUGGGUGGUGCUCGGCGUCUGCGGCAUCGUCCUGCAGCUGUACCGUGAGCGCUCCCGCCCGUUCUUCCCACCGAGCCCGUACCUCAUGUGGCUGCAGGAACGCGAGCGCCGCGAGACCAACGUCCUCGACCCAAGCCACCAUUUCCCCUCGCUGCCCAGCCGCCUCUUGGCCCGAGCAAAGCAGCUCACCAAGAAGACAGAGGUGGCUGGAGAACACACACCUCUGCUCCUUUAGUCGCCCUCACCAUCUCUGUCUAUAAAGGCAGAUUAAACAUACAGUCGGGGUCUGAACCAGAGACUAGGAGAUCCCUGUGAUGCAUUUUUGAUCCGGAGGAAUACUGUCCGUUAAAACUGGUGCUGGGACAUGACCCCAGAUCAGCUGAUUGAAAGACAUUCUCAGUUGAAAUGCAGCACAAAUGACAUCAAGAGGGAUUAUAUCACUGACACUCUAAAGGUGGACCAGAAUUUUUAAAAGCAUUUGUACAAGACUAACUUUUUUUCCCCUGAACGCCACUUUUAUUUUACACUUAAAGGAGCAGUAUGUAGGAUUCAGUGACAUCUAGUGGUGAGAUCGCAGAUUGCAACCAGCUGAAUACCCUUCCGAAUACUCGCUACAGUGGCCUUCAUGUGACAUAAAAACACAAAAGGCCCUCUGUAGAGCCAGUGUUUGGUUUGUCCGCUCUGGGCUACUGUAGAAACGUGGAGGUGCAACAUGACUAACUCUGUGGAAGAAGACUAUGUAGAUGUGAUGUGCUCUUAUUUUCAGGUGAUUGUACACUAAUGAAAACAUAGUUGUGAAUAUUAUAUUCCCUUUUCUGCCAAUAGAUCCUCCUUAAUCCUACACACUGGACCUUUAAAUGACAUCCUAACAAUCACUGAAGCUGUUCAAGAUGAACUUAAGAAUUAGCUUUGAAUGUCUAAAAUGUAGCUGUCGAUGCUUUAUGGUGUCUGUCGCUUCCUGCACUAAAGUCACAAACUACUAACAGUUAACAAUGCAAGGCAUGUUAUCUGUGGACACUUUGAAUUUUGUUGUAGUUGUAAAGUGCACCCUCAGGCCACACUUGAGUUAUGAAUACUGUGUACCUUAGAUAUGAUAUAAAACUUAAAACACACUGGAUCCUCUCAAAAUCAACAGAUAAUUAAACUAAAUUCUACAUGUGCCAUUUAGCCCUGAAUGUCACAAUCAUGUUGGGGUCACACAGGUCAGUGCACUGAGGAUAAAGGGCACAAACAAGCAACAAAACAAAAACUGACAAAGUACACAAUAUUGCAGAGUUUUUAACCCCUUGCACAGAAUAAGGAACGCACAGUAUUUUCUCUACCUUUAGUGUGUCAGGACAGAUGUUUUCACCUCUUGCUCUCUCGUGUCUCUGACUGGACCACACAUCUCAGUCCAGUCAGUCUCUUUUUGUAAUUUGCACACUGGAUUUUUUAAUAUAUGUAAUUGUUUCUGGCUUUAACGGUGCUGAUUGAUUAUCUGUUAAUAAUCUGUGAAGGUUUUUUAAACUGCCGCCUGUGUGCCAUGACUCUUUCUCAGGGUUUCAUGAACAGCUUUGAGACCACAAUGCACUGAGACUACUGCUGAAACCUGCGACUUUAAGCCUGUAAAUGUCUGCCAGUAUUUUAUUUAGCCACUUUCUAGUAUUGUGACUUUUUAAUAAAAGCCAAAACAAUAUGUUGUCAUGUUUGUGAUAAAUAAUGUCACUAGUCAUUUGUAUUUGAACAUGUUUUGAUAUUUAAUAAAUGCCUACAGGCGAAGGCUUUCUGAUA